AAUGUCGUCUUUUCUUCGUCACACACAAGCCAAAUAUGAAAACAACUCAUUAGUUGUCAUUCAUUACUUACGCUUGCUUCAAAAUGGCUGAACUUUUCGCCAAAUACAGUUGCACGUACUGCCAAGAAGACAUUAUUGGUGUAAGAGUUCACUGCGCGGAAUGUGUUGACUUUGAACUGUGUCCACAGUGUUUUGCUUGUGGCGCUGAAAUUGGACCGCAUAAAAAUGAUCACCGGUAUCAAUUUAUGGAUACCGGCGUUUUGUCACUCACACGAAGCAAAAAUGGUUGGACGGCACGCGAAGAGGUACAUUUAUUGGAUGCAGUCGAGCAAUUUGGAUUUGGCAGUUGGGAAGACAUAAGCAAACACAUUGAAACCAGAAGUGCUGAAGAUGCCAAAGAAGAAUAUAUCAAUAAGUAUUUACUCGGAACGAUUGGCCGGCAUACAUGGUUACCGGCGGCAGCGCAGAAGCCACAACUCGUCGAUCAUACGAUCGAAGACAAAGGACCACUCGGUCAUCUGUUGACACAACGGUUACCACCGAUUGAUGUGACACCCGAAGAGGCCAAACAAUUGGGCUAUAUGCCAUUCCGAAAUGUAUUCGAACGUGAAUAUGAUCCGACCGCCGAGCAAUUGGUGUCCAGCCUAUCGCUGAAUCAAGACGAUGAUGAUAUUGAUUUAAUUUUAAAAUUAGCACAAGUAGAUAUUUACACAAGACGCUUGCGUGAACGUACACGACGAAAGCGAAUCGUUCGUGAUUUCCAAUUGAUUAUGAACUUCUUCCGCGGAAGCAACUUAACCAAUGCACGACGACGACAGUCCAAAGAACAACGCGAAUUUCGUGAUCGAUUCCGCGUGUUUGCCCAAUUCUACACAGCCUACGAAUUCGAUCGACGGCUCAAUUCGUUUGAACGCGAAAAGGCACUUCGUAUCCGAUUGUCUGAACUGAGUCGCUACAGAUGGAAUGGUCUCACUCGAAUUGAUGAAUGCAUCCACUUCGAACAGCAUGCAGCCGCCGCUCAAGCCCGCAACACUGGACCCUAUGGCCAAUUUGGAAAAACGGACAAUCGAAUCGGUGGCGAGCGGCUUCAGUCAUCUUUGCACUCAAAAAAAGCGGAAAGCGGAAGCGAAAGAACCGAAAACUCAAAUUCCAUCGACCCAAAGUGCACGCGCCUCAUCGACGACCCGGUCUCCUCCGACGGCUCAUCGCUCAACAAAAAUUGCUCGGAUAAACUGGGACCUGGCGCCAUUAUGCCAACACUUGAAACCUCAAAGCAAUUGGGAGGGCAGCUCUUAUCACCGAACGAAAUUAAUAUUUGUUCAACAUACAAUUUACCGCCAACGACAUUUAUCACAAUGAAAGCGGUAUUUUUAAGCGGUCGGGAUCAUGCUUCGCGAACAUCAAUCACACCAGUUGAAAAUAAAGUCAAAAACUAUCUCAUGAAGUCGGGUUGGAUGAAGACUGGUUACUAAUCAACAUCAUCACAUUCUACUUCAGCAAGUGCUGAAAACAAAACGGAAGCUUUUCACUCGUUCCUCUGUUUGUGUUUCACGAGGAACCAAACCGAUUCUUAAUUUUUUUUGCUUAUUUUCCUUCUCAUUUACCUAUUCUUCUUCGUGUUAAUGUGUACAUAGUGAAAAAUCGAUUUAAUGUAAGUCAAGCACAAGACUCGAUUAAUCUUUCAAUUUCGAUUUUGUAAAAUUAGCAAAAUAUUUAUUAAACGAGUGCAAGGAAAAAGGGAUAUAAAUAUCAAAUAAUCGAACAAGUCGAUUUUGCCUCAAAAUGUGAACAAUUACAGUCACCAGUAAUUUACCUUUGCCCGUUCAAAUUCAAACAAAAUCAAAUAAAAUUGAUUUUAAAUGGAAGAAAAACAAA